AAAAAUACUAUUUUUGAUAUAAUAUUACUCAGCAGGGGGUAGCUACAAUUUAUACUCUUGGAAACUGUACAGUGAUUUAUUCAUUCAAUCUACUAGUCUAGUAUGCACAGUAUAAACAAAAUCAUAUAACAAAUAUAAGAAGUACACAUUUGGAACAUUAUUUUAUCAUAAAAUGUAUAGGAUAAAUAGCCCCUAUGUUGGGUUAACCUCCCAAUCUUGUUUAUGUUCAUGUUUCAAUAUGCAGUACUUCACAACAUCUUAUGGAAUUUUAAAAAUUAUUCAAAUGAUAUUGGGGUCUAUUUGUCAAAGUAUUUUGAUGUUCUAUGGGACAAAGUACAUUCCAACAUUUGGAACAUCUUAUGAAUCAUUUCUUACAACAGUUGCUGGAUGUUUAAUGACAACAACAGUCAUUAGUGUAUCUUAUUUGUUAUCAAAAAAUACCGAAGUACUUGUUAGAUCAUCACUUUUUGAAAUAAUUUUUGGUAUUUUUGCAUCAAUCUGUUAUUUGAGUUCUUCGUCAUUAUUAACAAUAGCGGUCUAUACAUUGUUAUAUCCGAUUAUUAUGACUAUGCCAUUUACCUCCAUAUUUUCAGCAGUAAUAUUGGCUUACAUAUUAGGAUUCAUUCUUGGAGUUAUAUACGCAAUUGAUGCUUAUUGGGCAUUUAAAUACUACAAAGGAUUUUCAUAAAAAAUAUACUAAGUUUGUUUACAACUAAAUAAUAUUAAUAAUAAUCAUAAUAAUAAAAAAAAAUGUAUUUCAGACAAAAAAAACUUUUUUAAAACUUACUAUACUUAUAUUCUUAAAAAAAUAACAAAUCAGUGUUGCUGUUCCAAUGAGUUGUUAUAAUAUUUGGAAAAACUACAUUUAGUACAUUUAGAUACAUAGGACUGAAUAAUUUAAUCAUAAAUAUCUUCACGAUCACACACAUAUUGCACAAUAUCUUUGGGUCUGUGCAACUUUUCAGCAUCUUCAUCAGGUAUUUCAAAA